CAGUGUCCUUAUCAGCUGGGUUGCAUAACACAAACUUGGGACAUGCACAGCGGAGGGAUGUCGAAUUAGUUCACGCUGUUGGUCAGGAUGAGGGGGCUGCUCGUAUUCGCCGCGCUGUUUGUGGCCGUUCUCGGCAAGGAGACAUUUGAGGGGCAUCAGGUGCUUCGCAUUACUGCGAAAGAUGAAGCCCAGCUGGCUCUUAUCAAGGAUCUGGAGGACAUGAUCCACUUUGAGCUGGACUUCUGGAGAGGAGUGACCGAUGUGGCCUCUCCUGUGGAUGUCAGAGUUCCCUUCCACAGCCUGCAGUCUGUCAAAGUUUACCUGGAGACUAAGGCAAUUCAGUACGCCACCGUGAUCGAAGACCUGCAGACAUUGCUGGACAUGGAGCAGGAGGACAUGGAAGCUGCUGCUCGUGCUGCUGGCCCCAGAUCCACUGACAGCUUCGACUAUUCCAAUUACCACACCAUCAACGAGAUCUACAACUUCCAGGACAUGCUGGUGAGGGAGAAUCCCAACCUGGUCAGCAAGAUUGUGAUCGGUCAGAGCUACGAGGGACGUCCCCUGAGUGUGCUCAAGUUCAGCACUGGUGGAACCAACCGUCCCGGCCUCUGGAUUGACACUGGAAUCCAUUCCAGAGAGUGGGUCACUCAGGCCAGUGGCACCUGGUUUGCCAAGAAGAUUGUGACUGCUUAUGGAAGUGACCCCGCCCUCACAGCCAUCCUCAACAAGAUGGAUAUCUUCCUCCUGAUUAUGACCAACCCUGAUGGCUUCGCCUACACCCAAACAAGCAACCGUAUGUGGCGUAAGACCAGAAAGCCCAAUCCUGGCUCAAGCUGUGUCGGAGUCGAUCCCAACAGGAACUGGGAUGCUGGUUUUGGAGAACCUGGUGCCAGCAGCAACCCCUGCUCUGAGACUUACCGUGGACCAAGUGCUAACUCUGAGUCUGAGGUCAGGGCCAUUGUUGACUUUGUGAGGUCCCACGGUAACCUCAAGUCCUUCGUCUCCAUCCAUUCCUACUCCCAGAUGCUCCUCUACCCCUACGGCUACACCAGUACUCCAGCCAAGGACCAAGCUGAGCUGCACAGUCUGGCUAAGAAGGCGAUUACUGACCUGGCCUCCCUGUAUGGUACUCGUUACAGAUAUGGCAGCAUCAUCAACACCAUCUACCCAGCUAGCGGUGGCACCAUUGACUGGACCUACAACCAGGGCAUCAAGUACUCCUACACCUUCGAGCUGAGGGACACCGGUCGUUACGGCUUCCUCCUGCCCGCCAAUCAGAUCAUCCCCACCGCCCAGGAGACUUGGCUGGCUCUGAUGGCCAUCAUGGAUCACGCCUACAAGAAUACCUACUAAGUGUGUGUGUGUGUGCGUACGUGUGUGUGUGUGAUUAUGAGUGGUAAUCUUAGUAGAGAGGAGAUUGUUGACAAAUGUCACCAAGUUUACGACUGAUAUCACCAUCAUCCAAAACCACAGACAAAUAAAUGUGCAAGCUGAAAAACA